UUAAACAAAGCUCAACCAUGCACCCGAGAGGUAGCCAACUUGCCGCUCUUCUCGCUGCUGGGCAGGACACAGCCACAGAUGUGUAAGGAAAUCAGAUUUUAACAGCUAUUGACCGUGUUCUGAAAAUUCUGAAUUGGAGUUUCAAGAAAUUGGCUGCAAUGUUUCGAAGAAUCCCAUUUCUGAUGCUCUGCAAAUCCAAAGUGGUGCUUUGGUUUUUAAUUCUGAUCAGCCUGGCGCUGCACAUCCUGAUUGCACUGCUGCCUGUACAGGAGUUAAACACACAAAUAUGUGAUCACAACACACAGGCUGCAGACAAGACAGGUCACUUUCUCCCAAACCAGCCAUUGUUGAAGAGCAGGCUGUCAAAGGCGAACAGAGAACUGCAAAACUUUGCCAGCACUGGAACAUUGAGCAGCACGUCUCAGUCCUUGGAAAAGGUGAGGGAUUCAAGUGACAGGAGUCAGUCACUCCCAAGCAAGUUAUCUUCAAAGUCAGGCUCUGAACUUGGCAGUAAUUUGCAGAGGGAUCUCUACAAGCAGAAUAAAUCCAAGCUGACAGCACUAUUUCAGCAUCCACUCUACAACAUCCCUACUCCACCACUGUCGCCAGAUGACCACCUCUUCUCAGUAAAUUCAGCAGAAAGAUUCACUGCAAAGAGCAGCAACAGUGAUGGCUGGGUUAGCCAUGAACAGGAGUACGUUCUGCCAGAUGGCAAUUCUCCUGCUGAUACAUACCCCAGCUGGCUGAAAUUCUACAUCGGAAUUAAUCGAUAUGAGCUCUAUGCACAGAACAGCAGCCAUAUUGUCUCUUUACUGCAGGAGCUCGCAACCUUGAAGAUUGUCCGCGUCGUUCAGAAAUUUGGUGGAACCCAGAUGAAGUUGACGAUGACAUUGCAGAACUAUGGGAAAGCCUUGUUUAAACCAUUAAGACAGACUCGGGAGGAGGAAACAUCCCCAGAUCUUUUCUACUUCUCUGAUUUUGAGAGGCACAAUGCAGAGAUCGCUGCCUUUCAUUUGGAUCGAAUUUUAGGUUUCCGGCGGAUUCCCCCGGUCUCAGGCCGUCAAGUCAACGUGGUGAGGGAUAUUAAAGAGCUGACGACCGAUGGUCAGCUUGAGGAGACAUUCUUUAUCUCACCAGCGAACAAUGUUUGUUUCUAUGGUACAUGCUCCUAUUACUGUGACAUGGAGCACCCUCUGUGUGGAAAGCCAGAGAUGAUGGAGGGCUCCAUGGCUGCCUAUCUGCCUGAUGUUACACUGGCCAAGCGUCUGUCCUGGAGGAAUCCUUGGAAACAGUCAUACCACAAGAACAAGAAAGCCAAGUGGGAAAUGGACCCUAGGUACUGUGAUAAGAUCAAAAAAACUGCACUCUACAACACCGGAACACGGCUGAUUGAUCUAAUAGACAUGACCAUCCUGGACUUCCUGAUGGGUAACAUGGACCGACAUCACUAUGAAACGUUCCAGAAGUUUGAUAAUGACAGCUUCUUCCUUCACUUAGAUAAUGGCCGAGGGUUUGGAAGGCACUCUCAUGAUGAGCUCUCAAUCCUGGCCCCCCUUCAGCAAUGCUGCUGGAUUCGGAAAAGCACAUUCCUUCGGUUACAGCUUCUGGCCACUGAGGCCUACAGGCUGAGUGACGUCAUGCGUGAGGCGCUCCUGAGUGACCAACUGUCUCCCAUCCUCACUGAGCCUCACCUCUCUGCUCUCAACCGCAGGCUGCUCACUGUACUAGAAACCAUCAGAAACUGCAUCAAGCAACAUGGUGACCAAAGUGUGGUGGUGAAUGACAUGGAAGCUUGGUCAGUGGCUCAGGAAUGAGGGAGGGUGAUCAGGCCGUUAAUGAGUUGGGGUGUGUGUUAGCAGUGGUCACGCUAUGAGAGGAUGACAGGUUGCGAGCAGCAGCCCUUAAGUUCUCAAUGCUGCAUACACUGGAACUUUGCAAUGACUGUGUUGGUGAUUUGAAGCUGG